GUCAGGUUACUGGGACCGUAAUGCCAUUGCGAGAUCAGAACUUGAAAGCAGAUGGGACUGCCAGAUGCUGCAAUGGAAAUUAUGGAGAGCAUAUAUGAUGGCAAAUCGGUAAUGAUUCUUUACGCUGCUAUAGAUAAAUAUGGCACGCCCUUCUUUUUCUCUCAUAUCAAAAGAGUAGGGAAGCAAAAGGCUGUCAUAUAUGCACUUAUACGGUCUUUAAAAUCUGCCUGUCAUUGAUGAUGGAUGGUAUUUGGUGCUUUAAUGCUUUUACCCCGAACAUUUUACGUUGCUUUCAAGUUCAGUCAAAGUCCAAAGACCCGAAAUUGGGACACGUUUGUAAGAGAAGUCAAGAACCGUUGCUUUUCUUCACCCUGCCUUUUAUCGAUUCUAUUUCCUAGUUGUGUUAUUAUUGUAGCUGGAACGUAAGAAAAAUGUUUGUUAGGAGAAGUUGCGCAAAACCUGUAGUUCUUACUCAUGGUGUAAAAAUUAUUGCACCAGGAGGUUAGGAUUCCUCAAGAAACAGUGUGGCAAGGCGUUGGAUGUACCGAAUGCGAAUCUUCAUCCUGGAAAUGAUUUGGCUCUCCAAAUGUUUAUUGAAAUUUGAUGUGUAGUUUCGUCGCUAGCCAUUAUUUUGU